AUGAACAGACUACCGGAUUUUACGAGCCUGAUCACCUCUCCCCCAUUUACUUUCCUCGUCGGCAAAGAUCAUACAAAAUUAACCAUCCAAUCCGGCCUCGCCAAACAUGUCUCCAGACCUCUGGAUGAUCUUAUGAACAAUGGCCACACUCGUGAAUCCAAACAUCGCAUUGCCGUGUUGGAAAACGAGGAAGUCGAGGUUUUUACUGCUUUCACGCAGUAUGCAUAUACAGGCAACUACGUUGUGCCGGUACAGAAGACGGAAUCAUUGACUGUGUCACCUUCGGGAUUGAAUACUGCAUCUGCACCUGCGCCUCCAGCUGCAGCGUCACCGGCGACUUCGCCUCGAUCGGGUUCUGAGUUCAGUGGCGGUGGUGCGUUAGAAGUGCAAAAUCGCCAGAGUCCGACGAAUGAACAGCAACAGCAGCAGUCGCCGCCGCAAAAUAUCAGUGCGGCUCGAACUCAGUCUUCGGCAUCAUUCUUCCCCCCUCCAGCUCCGACACCACCUCCAUUUGCUGAUCGACUCGAUUCCAGACCACCUGUUCGCAAAUAUGCGGAAACACCGUUGGCAGUAACUCAGACGACGGGUGAAGAUGAUUCAUGGGAGAAUCCCUUUGCAUCUCCUGCAGAACAGCAACCACACCGGAAUGGGACUUCGAUUCGGGAAGAUACUCCUCCGGUUGAGAACAAGAUAAGAGAGGUGGUGGUGAUACAGGACCGACCACCGGAGGAAGACGGUCAACCAGCCUUCCCGCUUUCGAGACGGCAUAGCAGGAAGGAUAAGAAGAAGAAGCGAAAGGAUACAGUCGUGCCUGCUUCUGGGUAUGAAGAGACAGUCCCAGAGAGCCUGACACCCCCAUCUACUCCACCAUUUGAUGUUAAAGAUGUUCAAGACCAGACCAUUACGCCGAAGAUUAACAAGUCUGAGGCUCGUGACUACGAUCCAGACUGCGCUAUUGAGACGGACAACGGUGAAGAUGGGGAGAUUGAAGGAGGUGACGGCAACUGGUGGGACCAACCAGUGACUUCUCAGAACUUUUCGCGAAGACGAGACUACGAGGAAACACUGUCUGAUGCUCGCAGACUACAGUCGCAGAAUCAGCAGCCACCUCAGGCCCCAUCACCACCACAUCUCUCACCACAACAACAUACCGUACCAUUGAUCGAUACAUCCUUUGCCAGUCAUCCAAUGUCAUCUACUCCGCGCAAGAAGGGAGGGAAAUCGUGGAAUGCAUUUGCAUCCAUCGACUACUUCCACCAAGAACGCAAUGAGGAUUCUGGCGUGACAACACCCACCCCGUCACAAACAAUAAUUGUACCCUACAUCCUAUUCCAUGCCAAAGUCUACGUCUUCGCAAUGCGCUAUCUGAUUCCGGGACUCGCCCAGCUCUGUCUCCAGAAACUACAUACCUCCCUCGUUGACUAUCCCCUUGAUCCACCCACCGACAACGAAGACGAACUCAACAGCCACCACGCCUUGAACCAUCAACAAGACACAGAAACACUGAAAUUCAACGCACACGCCAAAAUGUUCCUCGAUAUCUUGAAAUAUACAUACGAAAACACAACACGGUUUGAGCCUGAAUCCCAGACCUCUGCAACGUUGUUACGAGAAUGUGAGUUACGGAAACUGGUUUCUCAAUACGCAGCUUGUAAAAUGCGUGAAUUGGCUGUAUAUACACCUGCGCCUAUCCCUGUGCCUUCGUCUCCCAGUCACGGCCCGGGGUCAGGGGUUAGCGUUAUUACUGCUCCUGGAGGUGGUUUGAGGGAACUCCUGGAUAAAACUCCGGAACUUGCUUCUGAUUUGGUUUUCCUUAUGAUGUGAUUUGUUCCUUUUUGAUGUAUUGCCAGCUGUUAGAAGUCGUUUGAUGAUUGUAAUGAGUGAUGUUUAUGAUGUUAUGUUUAUACCAGACUGUCAUUGUUUGGAUUAUUCUCUCUUGUUUUUUUGUUGACAUGUUGCUUUACAUUUGGAGCGGAGUUCCGAUCUAAGCAUUUGAGCGUCAAUUUGCCUGUCUGUUCUGCUGAUAUUACUCUUUUGUACAAACCUCUGCAAUAGUAUACUACCUAGCUAACCGUGAACUCACGAGAAUCAAUGAAUGAUGACUGAU